GGGGGCGGGGUGGCGAUAUAAAGUUUAGGACUGCGUGAAGGAGCGCUGUGGAGACCUGGAACCUUACUGUCUGGUGCCCUCCAGUAACCCCUGCUGGCGCCCUUCCACCUCCACAUCUUCCAGGAGAGACUGCUGGUGCGUUUCCCGAACUGUCUUUCCACUCGCCACCCCGUGCCCCUAUUUUCACACAAAAGGUACCAAGAAGGAACAGCACUACAGGAGCCCUGCCCUGGCCCCCACGCCUCAUCUUACCCCCAAGAAAAGCCCACCUAUUCCUAAACAUGUCCCCCAGAUGCACAGAGCACGCCCCACUGUCAGAGCGCCCACUACCCACUGUGCACCGCCGAGACUCGGCGCGCGGGCGGGUGUUCUCGCGCACAUGCGCACCAGCCCUCGUGCCCGCCCCCUGGCGACACGGGGCGUCCCUAACGACCGGAGCCGGCCGCGCGGGGGGCCUGCAGGGAAGCGAGCACCCGGACACCGAGAGUGGGUGAGGUUCCCAUGGGCAUCGAGGGCCUGCCGGUCUGAGAGCCUCCCCGUCACAAGGCCAUCACCAAGGGGCCACCUGCGCCCACGCUGCCAAUGCAGAGCAUGCAGGCAACUCUAGGCACACCGACCUCGUCGGCCCUCAGCCGGUUCUCCACCUCCACCCAGGACAAGUCCUCCACUGCAGGUCAGACCUCCAGCACAGGCCCACAGCCCUCAAGGCCCUCCAUCAUCCCACCCCCUAGCAAGUCCAAGGGCUGGAGUACUGGGGCCGGUGGAGGUCGCAUGCGCAGGAUCAUCGCUGAGGAUCCUGAGUGGUCGCUGGCCAUCGUGCCCCUCCUCACAGAGCUCUGCAUUCAGCACAUUGUCGAGAACUUCCAGAACAACCCUAUCCUGCAGCAGCUGCUUCCGGAGCACAAGCAGAAGGUCCUGGACCACUUGUCACCCGACCUGCCGCUGGCUGUGACCGCCAACCUGAUCGACGACGAGAGCUACUGGCGCCGCUGCUGCACGCAGCGCUGGCCCGUGUGCCACGUGGCCAAGCACGGCGGCAGCUGGAAGCGCUUGUUCUUCGAGCGGCACCUGGAGAACCUGCUAAAGCACUUCAUCCCCAGCACCACGGACCCCGCGCUGAUCCUCGACCUGCUGCCGCUCUGCAGGAACUAUGUGCGCAGGCUCCGUGUGGAUCAGUUCCUUCCGCCCAUGAAGCUCCCGCCCCGACCCCGGAGCGGGGAACUGUCCGACUCCGGCAGCGAGGCAGAGGUGGAGGAGCCCGCCCCUGACCACUACCAACUGGGAGACCUGGUGGCCGGCCUGAGCCACCUGGAGGAGCUGGACCUGGUGUACGGGGUCAAGGACUGCGGCAUGAACUUCGAGUGGAACCUCUUCCUCUUCACCUAUCGCGACUGCCACUCCCUGGCGGCCACCAUCAAGGCAUGCCACACCCUCAAGAUCUUCAGGCUGACCCGGAGCAAGGUGGAUGACGACAAGGCACGCGUCCUCAUUCGCAGCCUCCUGGAUCACCCAGCCCUUGAGGAGCUGGACCUGUCACACAACCUCGUUGGGGACCGGGGCGCGCGUGCCGUGGCCAAGCUGCUGAGCCACAGCCAUUUGCGAGUGCUCAACCUGGCCAACAACCAGGUGCGCGUGCUUGGUGCCCAGUCGCUGGCUCACGCCCUAGCACACAACACCAACCUCAUUUCCCUCAACCUGCGCCUCAACUGCAUUGAGGAUGAGGGCGGCCAGGCGCUCGCACACGCCUUGCAGACCAACAGGUGCCUCACAACACUGCACCUCGGGGGCAAUGAGCUGUCUGAGCCCACCGCCACCCUCCUCUCCCAGGUGCUCGCUGUCAACACCACGCUCACCAGCAUCAACCUGUCCUGCAACCACAUGGGGCUGGAUGGCGGGAAGCAGCUCCUGGAAGGCAUGUCAGACAACAGGACCCUCCUGGAGUUUGACUUGCGCCUGUCAGAUGUAGCCCAGGAGAGCGAGUACCUCAUUGGCCAGGCUCUCUGUGCCAACCGGGAAGCAGCCCGCCAGCGGGCCCCGAAUCCCAGCUGCUUCCUGUCACCAAUCACGGCCAAGGGCCCUGAGAACCCUGCAGGAUAA